AUGGCUUCCAGCAACCGCCAAAAUGUUACUUGGGUAGAGGGUGUUCGUGGCGUCGCUUCCUUCUGGGUCGUGGUAACACACUUGUGCCGAGCCUGGGACUACAGCCUCUGGUCGCCGCGCGACAACGAGAACGCAGCGCCCCAACUGCUACAACUCCCUUUUAUCCGUUUGCCCUUCCAGGGCCGUAUUGGUGUCACCAUGUUCGCCUUUCUCACCGGAUACGUGUGCGCCAUCAAGCCUCUCCGCCAGGCAAAGUCUGGCAACAUUCCAGCAGCCUUGGAAACCCUGGGCAAAUCCGCCUUCCGCCGCCCACCCCGACUCAUCAUGCCCGCCACAAUCGCCCUCGUCAUCGCCUGGUUCUUCGCCCAGCUGGGAGCCUUUGAAAUCGCCCACCUCAGCGACUCGCACUGGUUCCGACGCUCUGUCCCUACCAACAUCGGCAGCCUCGACACCGAGAUCCCACGACUGAUCAGGAACUUCCAGACAUCUUGGUCUGGCGCAAACAACGAGUACGACGACCACCAAUGGGCUCUUCUGCCUCUCCUCCAGGGUGCCUUUCUCAUCUACAUCCUCCUGUUCGCCACCGUCUUCAUGAAGUUCCGCAUGCGUCUCUUCACCUGCGUUGUCCUGUUCUUCUGGUACUGGAUGCGCACGAGCCCAGAAAAGGAAACUUUUGAGUGCCAGUUCCUCUACGGUGUUAUCCUUUGCGACCUCGGCUCAGAAAAGGGCUUCCGUGACUUUGUCAACAACCGCGUCAAGGCCCGUCGAUUCGCCACCGCCUUCCUCAUCAUUCUCGGCUGGUAUGUGGCGUGCUUCCCCGGAGAGCACUGGGAGUGGGCAGCCUGGUCUGUCCAGCUCAAGAACAUCGGAGACUGGAUCAUUCCUCAGGGCGCCGCAAGCUACCCCAAGCGCUUCACCGCUAUUGGGUGGGAUCUCAUGGUCACUGGAAUCUGGCUUUCGCCUUCUCUGCAGAGCCUCUUCUCCAACAAGCUGUUCAUGUGGGUUGGCCGCAAUAGUUUUGCCGUCUACCUGACCCACGGAACCGUCAUGAAGGUUGGACUUGCACGACUGAUCUAUGGAUUCAGCACGGCCCCAUACCAUGUCGAGCAACCAAAGGACGGCCAAGGCGAAGCCAUUCACCACUACAUUCCCAGGACCACCAACUGGCUCGUCUGGACACUAGCAAUCCCCCUCUUUUUCGUUGUCGAGUACACGAUCGCUCAUCUCUGGAUCACCUACGUCGACUCACAGUGCGCCAAGGCGACCAAGUGGCUCGAGGAUACCAUGUUCGAGAAGAGCGAGGACGAGAAGCACGGCGCUGCAAACAUGGCGUAG